AUGUCCUCAUUCGAUUUGACAUCGUACCAGGUGCUAUCAUUUGACAUUUAUGCGACUCUUAUCGACUGGGAAGCGGGCAUCUUCAAUCAGCUGGUGCGAUUGCUAGGCAGAAUCCCGAAAGAUCAUGAGAUAUGGUGCAAGACCCUCAAAGAAAUCAAGAUUUACUUGAUCAUGCAUUACUCUGCCAAUGAACAUGAGCUGGAAAUGCAACAUCCCAACGAGAAAUACUCUGCUAUUCUAGCAAUGGUCUACCAGAGGCUUGCCUAUCAGCUCGGCGUACGAGCCACUGAAGAAGACGCUAAAGCCUUUGGCGACGCAAUUGGAACUUGGCCGGCGUUUUCAGACACUGUUGAAGCUAUGAAGUCGCUUGGGAAGUACUAUAAGUUGGUGGCACUGAGCAACGUCGACAAAGUAUCAUUUUCCAAUACACUCUCCGGGCCUCUUAGGGGAGUCAAUUUUGACGCUAUAUACGUUGCCGAAGACAUCGGUUCGUACAAGCCGGACCCGAGGAACUUUACUUACCUUAUCGAUCAUAUUAAACAAGACUUCGGUAUCGAUCGAGACGGCAUUUGUCACACAGCACAAAGUCUAACAUUUGACCACACUCCGACGGCCACUAUGGGCUUCAGACCUGGUGUCUGGAUUUCACGUGGAGGAGGGAAUAUGGGAAUGGGAGAUCUUGAUGUCGUAAAAGAUAGAGUGAGCAUAGGGGCUGUUUAUGAGACUCUUGGGGAUAUGGCUAUUGCUGUGGAAAACGCUUUCCAGUCAAGUUCCACUUAG